AUGCUAGAAACUAAUGAACAAACCAGUCAUACUAACUCUUCUAUUGCUAGACAAAGUAGAAGACUUAGAAUGAAGGAGAAGAGAGAUGCCCAAUGCACUGAAUCAGAUCAUUCUCGAAACUUGGUAGAUAAAACUGAUGUAAGUGAUGCAAGGAAGAAAAGAAGGCUGAUAUUGCAAAAUAAGAAAUCAUCAUGUGGUCAUCCUACCAGUGCCCUAUCCCCAAGUACAGUCUCCCCAGUUUAUAUUCCAAAUGUAGAAGAUAGAGCUCAUUCAAUUGAUGCUCGCAAGAAAAGAAGGCUUAUAUUAGAGAAUAGAAAGUUUUCUGUCAUACAACCUGAAACACAGUAUUCCCAAGUGCCACUGUCUAACUCCGAGGAUGAAUGCAGCUCAUCCAAUACUUCAGACUCUGAAGAUGAUAUGGAACAAGCACCGUUAGCAGAUUCAAAUUUACAAGAAUAUUCUGAUAUAGGGGAUCAAAUAUGGGAAUGUACAUAUUGUCAUGCACACAUGUGGCUUCAAGAACGUGCCAGUAAAACCAAAAAGGGACAUGUUCCCACAUUCCAUCGCUGUUGUCGCGGUGGUAAAAUUGUUGUACCUUUACUUGAAGAGGCACCCCCACUGUUGAGACAUCUACUGUUUAACAAAACAUCUACCGAGAGCAAAAAUUAUCGAAAUAAUAUUCGAACAUACAACUCAAUGUUUUCGUUUACUUCUCCUGGAAUGAAAUUUGACACCACAUAUUCAAAGAAAGGAGGACCACCAACUUUGAGACUGCACGGUCAAACCUGUCAUCGAAUAGGUACUCUACUACCAGAAAAUGGAGACCGUCCGCAAUAUGCUCAGCUAUAUAUUUAUGACACAGAUAAUGAAGUUACUAAUAGAAUGAAGUGUUUCAGAGACAAUACUGAAAUUGACGAGAACACUGUUCAUAAUUUGAAGAUCAUGUUAGAUGAGUUCAAUAUUCAUGCAAAAGUCUUUAGAAUGGCGAGGGAUGUUCUGGAAGAUAAUGCAUUCUUAGACUUAAAACUGAGGGUUAUAUGUGAUAGACCUGAGGAUGGACGCGUGUAUAACAGACCAAGGGUUUCAGAAGUUGCUGCACUAAUUGUUGGAGACAUUGAUUCUGCUUGUAAUAGGGACAUUAUUAUUCAAGCACGCAACGGUGGUUUGCAACGUAUUGAUGAGUUUCAUCCAGCAUAUUUGGCAUAUCAAUACCCUCUGAUAUUUGCGUAUGGUGAAGAUGGUUAUAGGAAAAAUAUAUUGCAUAGAUAUCGCCAUGAAACUGAGGUGACCCGACAAAAUCGUCAGAGCAUCAAGGACUGGCUUUCAUACAGGUUACAAGACCGUAGCGAGGAGGCAAAAACUUUGCUACACUCACGGCGUCUAUUUCAACAGUUCUUGGUCGAUGGUUAUUGUAUGAUGGAAUCUGAAAGGCUGAACUGGUUGCGAAAUAAUCAAUCAAAAUUAAGAGUGGGAAAAUAUAACAGGUUGACAGAUGAAUGCAAUAACGAUGAUGGCAGACAACAAUAA